GGCCGAGUGGCGUCACCAGCGGUACUGUAAUGACGAUUGCAGCAGGAGGAUGACAGCUUAGAAAGAAGAGGGCAAUGGGGCUUCCUCCCAGAGGCGGUGCGGCGCAGAGGAGCGCGCGCAUCACAAGGUGACCCCCAGUUCCCCGCCGCCGCUGCCGCGCCGCCGCCGCCGCCCGCGCGCUCGGACCGCUCCUAGCCCGCCCAGUCUUUCUGGCUCUCCCCCGCCGCCAGCCACGAUCUGUCCGGCCGCUGGGGAACCCCGGGAGCUGGGGGCUCCUCCUCGAAGCUCACUUGGGGCUUUCCCCCUCCCCCCUCCGGAGAGCCCCGGCAUGGAGAGCCGAAAGGACAUGGUUAUGUUUAUGGAUGGGGGGCAGAUUGGCACUCUGGUGGGCAAGAGGGUCUCCAACCUGUCGGACGCCGUGGGCAGCCCGCUGGCCGAGCCGCCGGAGAAGAUGGUGCCCCGGGUUUGCCUGAGCCCGCGGGCCGGGGCUGCGGGCACCCGGGAGCGCGGCGGGGGAGGCCCGGAGGAGGAGGCGGCCGACGGACCAGCAGGCAGCGCCGCGGGGCCAGGGGCCGAAGCGCGCGGGGCCGGGGCAACCGUACUCGGGCCCGGACCUCCGGCUUCCUGCGCUGAGAGCCUCUCGGGCCAGGGGCAGCCCAGCAGCUCGGACACCGAGUCGGAUUUCUAUGAAGAAAUCGAGGUGAGCUGCACCCCGGACUGCGCCAACGGGAGCGCCGAGUACCAGCACAGCAAAGGGUCUGGCUCUGAGGCGCUGGCCAGCAGCCCCAGCAGUGGCAGUGAGGCCCCCAAGGGCCAAGGCAGCAGCGGCUCGCAGAGCACCCUGACCUGCAGCGCCAGCGACCAGAUGCGGCGGUACCGAACUGCCUUCACCCGGGAGCAGAUUGCGAGGCUGGAGAAAGAAUUCUACAGGGAGAACUAUGUGUCCAGGCCCAGGCGGUGCGAGCUGGCAGCUGCCCUGAACCUGCCCGAAACCACCAUCAAGGUGUGGUUCCAGAACCGGCGCAUGAAGGACAAGCGGCAGCGCCUGGCCAUGACGUGGCCGCACCCAGCCGACCCCGCCUUCUACACGUACAUGAUGAGCCACGCGGCGGCCGCGGGCGGCCUGCCCUACCCGUUCCCGUCGCACCUGCCCCUGCCCUACUACUCGCCCGUGGGCCUGGGCGCCGCGUCGGCCGCAUCGGCCGCCGCUGCCGCGCCCUUCAGCGGUCCGCUGCGGCCACUCGACACCUUCCGGGUGCUGUCGCAGCCCUACCCGCGGCCCGAACUCCUGUGCGCCUUCCGCCACCCGCCGCUCUACCCCGGCCCCGCGCACGGACUGGGCGCCUCGGCCGGCGGACCCUGCUCCUGCCUCGCCUGCCACAGCGGCCCGGCCAACGGGCUGGCGCCCCGCGCCGCCGCCUCGGACUUCACCUGUGCCUCCACGUCCCGCUCGGACUCCUUCCUCACCUUCGCGCCGUCGGUGCUCAGCAAGGCUGCCUCGGUCGCGCUGGACCAGAGGGAGGAGGUGCCGCUCAACAGAUAAGGCGCCGCCCCGCGGGCCACCGGCUCCAGGACGCCCGUGGGGGGCCCCCU